AUGCAUUUCACCUCCCCAAUAUUCCACCUUGCUGUCUUCACCGCUUACACCAGCGCAAUGUCACUCAAUUCCCGCGGCAUGCGUGACUUAUCUUCUGACCCUAGCUACAGUCAAGACAUUUCCCGUCGUCAGAUUCCUCAAAACAACCAAGCAAAUAACAACAAUCAAUUACCACUCAGAAACAAUAACUUGAACACCCCAAAUAACGCCAACACAGCAGUAGAAAAUGAAGCAACAGAAGAUCAAAACAAACCAGCCUCAUUAAAAACAAUUGCAAAAGCUUACAAAGAAAUUUAUCAUAAAGAAAAGAAUUCAACAUCCGGACCUAAUGAACAAAGUGAACUUGUUCGAGUUCUUGGUCAAGCUGUUGCAAGUAGUUCAUCAAGUGGUGAUCCAGAAACAGUUGCAAGAGCCAUUGAAGCUGCUUAUCAAACUUACAAGAGUCAAAAUGGUGGUAAUGGUAACAAUAAUGGUGAAGUUGGGGUUCAAAGGAGUGUUAACUUGAAUGGAAAUGGCAAUCAAAACUCUCAAAACGGUCAGACCAAUUCUAAUUUCCAGAACAACGGUAAUGUUGGUAAUAACAACCUUGGGUCAGACAUCUCUCAAUCAAAUGGGCAAAAUCUCCAGAGCAAUCGAGGAAACAACGGCAAUAAUGGCAACAAUGGCAAUAACGGUAAUAACUUUGGAUUUGAUCAAUCAAACUCAAACUCUAAUGGCAACAGUCAGAAUUUUGGAAACUAG